AUGGCGUGGCGUGCCAGCCGUGAGAGUAAGCGGGCGCGAGAGGCGGCGGCAGCCCUCGCGACAGUGGAUGUCGGCGAGGCAGAGUCGCAUUCUCCAGCGCCCCGUAUGCCCCGCCGUGCGCCCUCCGCCCCGUCGCCUCCCCGCCCCGUCGUGCGCCCUCCUCCCCGCCCCGGCCGCCCUCCCACCGGCCGCCCCUCCCGCCUCCCCUGCGCCGCCGCGGCCCGGCCGCCCUCCCGCCUCCCCUCCCGCCCUGACCGGCCGCCCAGGAGCCGGCAUCGAGGAGCCGCGCCGCCGCCCUGCCCUCCCGCCGGUCGCCCAGGUCGUCCAAGCCGCGCCGCCGCCCUGCCCUCCCGCCGGCCGCCCUCCCGCCGUCCAAGCCGCACCCCGGCCGCCCUCCCGCCGGCCGCCUCCGCCGCCUCCUCCGAGAUGGAGAUGAACAAUGAGGAGAUUGUCAUGGACUCGAUGUCCGAUUCGUCGGAUUGGUCGACAUCCGACGAUUCCGACAUUGAUGAGUUGUUGCAAGACGACGACGUCGAGAUGAUGAGCCUCCUCAUCGACGUGCAAUCGUUUGAAAACCGCGUGAAGCUGAUGGAUCAGAGGAGAGGGUCGAAGAUGGGGCGAGUCACCAUCUACCGGAACCGCGCUCUCGGACACGAGCAUUUGAUGGAAGACUACUUCACGGAGGUACCUACAUACCCUCCUCGUCUCUUCCGCAGAAGGUAUUGA